AAUUUUCUAAUUUUAACCCUAAACCCUAACACAUCUGAAACUCAACUCCUCCUUAUUCCUACCCGCGCCGCUCUUCUCACUCUCAGCCUCUCAUUCGUCCCUCCCUCCCUUCCGUCCAGCGCCGCGCCGUGCCGUGCCGUCGUCCACCCAUCGUCGCCGUGUCGUCCGCCUGUCGCGGACUACCCAGGCUGGGCCGGGCGUCUCCCCUUCCGCGACGCGACAGCCCUGGCGACUACCCCCUUCUCGGUUCCAGUUUCCAGCGGCGAGAAGAAGGCCCCCUUCCGGCGGCAGCCCAGGCGACAGGCGUCGUCCUUGGAGGCGGAGGCGACUACCCCCUUCCAGCUUCCAGUUUCCAGCGGCGACUACCCGCUACCCGACUUCCCCUUCCGGUGCGGCUGCCGGCCAGUACCCUAGGUGUGGGGAGGAGUAAACAGAUCGAAAUUGGUGUUAAGCCGAAAGCUUUUCCUCAGAUCGAAAAAUUGAAUUAUUGAAUAGUUUUAUUUUUUACUUUUGUUUUUUCUGGAUUAAUUCUGUGGAUUCUGAUGAAUUUUCGAACUUCAAUUCUGGUAAUUGACUUUGGACUCUUGCCACACUUAUCCUUGUAACUGCAGGCUUGAUCUAUAUUAACUGAUGAAACUUGUGUGCAAUUUUCCCCAAUUAAGUGAAACGUUUUGCUUCUGCCUUGAAUCAGGUGCCUUCUCUCUUGAAGCCUGCAGUUACAUUGCUUCUGAACAAGGGGAAACUAUUACAUUUGCUGAUGUUGCUGGUGUUGACGAGGCAAAAGAGGAGCUGGAAGAGAUUGUGAUCUUCUUGUUAAUAAGUUCCAAUACAGUCGAUCGAAGAAGAAAGCGGCGACAAUGGAGAUGCGAAAUAAAAUUAGUGGAGACGAUGGAGAUAGUCUCCUAUACAUAUCAGAGAUUCGUCUUUAUAGGGCCUUAUAUCGAUAGGUUCUUUGUUGUAGAUAGCCUAGUAGAUGAAACUUGCAAAUUGGCUGAGCAUUAUUAGUUUCCCAUGCUGUCUGAGCUUUCUAGGCAUAUAUUUGAUCCAAGAUCAGUGGUUUGUAAUUCUGCACUUGUGGUUUUAUUCAAUUUGUCUGGUCUUUUGGCUUUUAUAUAUAUUUCUUUAACUUUAGCAUCCUUCCCAUUGUUGUGCCUGUUGGUGUGCGGGACUUUGACAUUGAUGGGGAACUAUGGGUGAAACUGCGACUCAUACCAACAGAACCGUGGGUGGGAGCUGUAUCGUGGGCCUUUGUCUCUCUUCCAAAGAUAAAGUUUGAGUUAUCACCAUUUCGCUUGUUUAAUUUGAUGGGUAGGUU